UUGGUGGCGCGCGGAUGGACUUGCGGCAGGACUCUGCGUUUUCCUACGUUCGCUUUUCUAUGGAAUAUUUUUCGCGUAAUAUUUGUGCGGCCACAAACAAAAUUAAAAGGUAGCAUUACAUUCUUUAUCAACUGUGGAUUAUCCUUAAAGAAAUGCUUUGCACUUUUUAUGCCGCCAGAAUAUCUAAAAAAAUUGUGUAAAACAAAUACAUAAAAGAGUGAAAAAUAAAGAAAAGAAAAAUAAGAAAAAAAGAGUGAAAAAUAUAAAGAAAACCAAAAAGAAAAGGAAACAAAAAUGUAAUGUGAAAUCCGCUAUGCAGAAACGUGGAAAAUGUGGCAAGAAAUUCGCGACACAUGCAACACUUUAUGCAUAGGAAAUUAGCCCUCACACUCAGUGCCAAAAAUGAAGAUUUAUGAAACCAUUAAAAAGGAAAAUUGUAUUUGAAAAUGUAUAUUAAAAUUUGAGUGUGAAAAGUGCUAGAAAAAUCAGUGAGGAAAAUCAACAAUGAAAUAGCGAAAGGAAAUGUCCAGUCAAACGUUUAAGCAACGAGGCGGAGGUGUUCCUCCAAAAUCCGAUCGAAAUGCGAAUGAGGAGAAUCAUCAUCAACAGCAACAUCAACAGAAGCAGCAGCAGCAGCAGCAACAGCAUCAGGAGGAAGAGUCGGAGAAGCUGCGACAGGAGCUGCAACCGCUGCCACAAUUGGGGGCCAAACCCAAGAACCAGAGGGAGAAUAAAAGCCAAAGGAUUCUCCAAACAAAGACUGAAAAUCAAAAUCAAAAUCAGCGACAAAAAGGCCUCACCUUGCAGGGUUAUGGCAACUAUAUGGAAUUGGAGUUUAUACAAACAGAAGUCGCGCCAUCGUCGAUAUUAAAUGACCUGCCCGUGAGCUAUGCCACCACCAGUGUGGUGGCACCACCGCCCUAUCGCGAACCACCACCGCCCACACCGCCACCACUGUCACAGAUACCCUCCAGAGAGUCGCGACUGUUGCAUUCGGCACCAAAUACACCCAUACGUGGCAAGGUUGUGCUGAGCAAAAAGGAGCGGAAGGAGCUGAGCAAACAAUUGGGCUUAGAGGAUCUCCAGGGAUUGCCAUUGGGCAGCAGUAGCUCGGCACAGUCGAGUCCCUACAAGGGUAGGGUCAGCGAACUAAAGAACUGCAUAGCAAGGGGCCUUUUUGCCACGCUACAUCGGGGCACGCCCAAGGAAAGGGAGCUACAAAACAAUCAGGAAAUAUCCCCACCCCCACCAGCACCAGAGUCGGGCAACAAUAAUGAGGAUGCGCCCGACUAUGCCGAGAAACUUAAGAAUCUGCCCGUGCGCCAGCGAAAGGUGGCCACAUCCCACAUGGAUAACUAUUGUCUGUUCGAUCCAGUGGAUUUUAUCAAUGAAAAGGCCAUGCGCUAUCCCAGUGCCACCACCUCGCAUGGCCUUAGGGAUCCGCUGUUCAGUUCGCGACAGCAUUUGGUCUGCGAAGAUGAGGAUGAAAUGGUGCCCGAGGUCAUCUAUGACAACGAGGAGCUAGAAGUCGAAGAGGAGACCAUCAUUAUAGAGACGUCUGCACUGCCCGAAGCGGAAACCGAAGGCUGUGCCGAGCCCAAGGAUGUGAGGAUACACUUUGAUCAUCAUAAUUAUUUUGUGAUUGAGCCAGGAAUCUGCACACUGGACAUUGGCAUACCCAAUCCGUAUACGAAUGAGCAGCUGGUGAAUGCAAAUCUCGAGCAACAGAAUCUGGAGAAGCUUUUCCAUGAGCUGGAACAUCCCGCCAGCAGCAUGUCCAACAGUCAGGAAUCAAAGGACACAGAGACCACUUCCACAGCUCUGGUGGAGUCCUCCACCUCAACAAAUUCAGGCAGUUCCAUGGGCAGUACUUGCGUUCAGAAUCAGGCGCAGCAUUCCAUGAAAAAGAAAUUGACGUUCUUGAAUCUUUCACCCUUUCGUGGGGGCAAGAAAUCGGGCGAUAAAACAACCUUUGAACAGCAACAGAGAGCCAUUUCAGAGCUGGUGAGCACGGAUCACAUGUUGCACUUGCAACAAUUGCUGCAGGAACAGCGCAGGGAUCAGCGUUCGCACACGGUGCCAGUGCCCACGGAAUCGAAUUAUGUUUUAUUCAAUCCCGGACCCGUGCCCAGUCGUCAUGUGCAGUACAAGAUACGUAAAUCGCGACCUUUGUCGACACACAGCGAUGCGGACAGUGGAUUUCUAUCGCCUUGUUCGCCCGAUGAAAUGAGGGGCAAUCCAGCCGUAUUGGUGCUGCAGCAAUGCGACAGUGUUCAGGGCUAUAUUGAGAUCUACACAGAUUGGGCCAACUAUUAUUUGGAGCGUGCCAAAUCGAAAAGAAAAGUCACAGAUCUCUCAGCAGAUUGUCGCGAUGGCCUGCUGCUGGCUGAGGUUAUUGAGGCUGUUACCAGCUUCAAGGUGCCCGAUUUGGUCAAGAAGCCAAAGAGUCAACAGCAAAUGUACGACAACGUUAAUUCGUGCCUACAUGUGCUGCGCGGACAAUCCGUUGGUGGAUUGGACAACAUCACAACGAAUGACAUUUGUGCCGGCCGUCUGAAGGCAGUCCUUGCGCUGUUCUUUGCUCUGAGCCGCUUCAAGCAGCAGGCCAAGCAAACCAAAUCGAUUGGCGUCGGUUGUGGCAGCAGCAGCGGCGGCGGCGGCGGAGGUAGCAGUGGCACCUCCAAUACGGCUCUCUCUGGUGGCUCGGUACUGGGUAUUGGCUUGGGCGGAAGUCUGAGAGCUCCUGGCCAAGCGGGAACACUGCUGCACGAUAAGAAUCAACAGGAGCAACAAAAACAACAGCAGCAGCAGCAACAAUUGCAGCAAACACCUCAACAGUUGGCACAGUCUUUGGAAAACGGCAAUGAAAUGGUGAAUCGACAAAUAGCACCCGCCUAUAAAGUCAAUGGCGGUACUGCCAUACCACUGCCGGCCACCGUUAUGGUGCAGCGUCGCUGUCCACCGGAUAAAGUGCGUCCACUGCCACCGACACCAAAUCAUACGCCAUCCAUACCGGGACUGGGCAAGAGCGGAAGUGAUUUCAAUACGAGCCGUCCAAAUAGUCCGCCCACCAGCAAUCAUACAAUCCAAAGCCUCAAGAGUGGCAAUAACAACAGCCUACGUCCACCGAGUGUCAAGAGCAAUCACCAAAGCGGAAUACCCUCACCAAGCACCCCCCAGACGACGAGCAACACAACGACGACGCAGCCAGCAGCUGCUCCUCCGCAGAAGCACUCGAUGCUGGACAAGCUGAAGCUCUUCAACAAGGAGAAGCAACAGAAUGCAGUGAAUGCGGCCAGUGUGGCGGCGGCCAACAAAUCGCAGAUCCAACAGCAACAAUCGAAGCGCACCUCCUCCUCGUCGGGGUUUAGUUCGGCGCGUUCCGAGCGCUCCGACUCCAGCUUGAGCCUCAACGAUGGCCACAACUCGUCGCAGCUGAAGCCGCCGAGCAUCAGUGUGUCGUCCCAGAAGCCCCAGCAGAAGCACAACACAAAGCAAUCGAAGCUGCUGGCGGCCCAGCAGAAGAAGGAGCAAGCCAAGUCGAAGCUGGACAAAAAGGAGAAGAGUCCGGCCCGUUCGCUGCACAAGGAAGAGUCCGGGAAUGAGUCGCGCAGCUCCACGAUGGGCAGAGCGGGCAAAAGUUCACUGGCCAGAGGAGGCCUCGGUCUGGGACUCACCGGGGAUAAGAAUACACUGAAGACAUCGUCCAAGUCCUCGCUGCACUCCAAAUCGGAGUCGAAGAGCUCGUUGAAGGGUGCCGGGGCACAGCAGCAGAUGCUGCACAGUCCGAGUGGCACGGGUCUGCCCAAACCCAUUGCGGCGAUCAAGGGCACCAGCAAGCUGCCAGCACUAUUGGGCGGGGAGCUCCUCAAGCGGGAAACCAGCGACAUAUCAGCCGCCAAUCAGGCAACACAGACAACACAGCAGAACAUAUCCAUAGCCGUGGGGCAGGAAGCCACACAGCCGGCACAGAGCAGCACGGCUACGCCACAUAUCCUUAAGGGUGCUGCACCGCCGCCGUACUAUGCGAACAGCAGUCCACCCACACACAUAUCACAGGGACAUCCCGGCAUGGGGGGAUACCUCAGUGAGCCCAGCACACCACAGCAGCAACAGCAGCAACAGCAGCAGCAUCAGCAGGGGAUCUACGGCAGCAGCAGUGGCAGUGGAAGUCGCCUGCUGCAGCCCAAGACAGCGCUGAGUGCCCCACGCAAAUUGGAGUACAAUGCUGGACCCCAUAUCCUCUCAUCGCCACCCCAUCGAGGGGCAGGUCUGCAGCGGCCAAUGCCCAACUCGGCACCGAAUACGCCCACGGCAUCGCCGAAUAAAUUCCACACGAUACCCUCGAAGAUUGUGGGCACCAUUUACGAGUCGAAGGAGGAGCAACUGCAGCAACAGCAGCAGCCCCAACAGACAGGCGGCUGUUCCGCAGGCGCCUCAGUGCUGCCCAUGAGACCCCUGCUGCGCGGCUACAACUCGCAUGUGACGCUGCCGACGCGCGGAGCACGCGGUGGCCACCACCAUCCGCAUCAAUCGUAUCUGGAUUUCUGUGAAUCGGAUCUGGGGCAGGGCUACUGCAGCGACGGGGAUGCGCUGAGAAUUGGCAGCUCACCGGCCACCAGUCGCUAUCAUGACAUCGACAAUGGCUAUCUGUCGGAGGGAAGCAGUGGCCUGAACGGAUCAUCGCUGGGCGGCUCCACUGGCGGUGCCGUGUCACAUGGCAAGCACUUUCUCAGCAUGAUGAGAGCCCGGACGCAGCUGCCAACGACCAUUGAGGAAAGAAUACGCAAUAGUCGAGGCUCUCUGGAUAGCAUUGGAACCGCCGCAAACGGCAGCUCUGCGGCCAGUCAGGCCAGCUCCAGCGGCGGCUCCACCACCCACAGCAGCAGCAGCAACAGCAACAGCAACAGCACCACCGCCGCUGCCGCUGCCAAUCACAACAACAACCACAUUAACAACAACAACGGUGGGAAAAUGGAUGGCAGUCCACACCACCGUCCGGGAUCACGCAAUGGCAGGGAUAACUGGAGCAAAAUGCCCGAGCCCCUCAAUGGCCAGAAGGGUGGGGGGGACAAAUCGUCGGAGAAGUCAUCGCCAUCGCGUCGAAGCAUGGGCGGUGGCAGUGGGGGAUCCUCCAAGCAGGGAUCGCCCUCGUCUUCGUCGCGCACUAAGGGAGUGCCCCCCAGCUUUGGGUAUGUGAAGAGGGCCAAUGGCAGCAUGUCCUCCACGGCAGAGCAGCAGAAUAUUGUCAUGAUGAUGGCAGCCGGAGGAGCCGGAGGAGGAGCGCAGCAGGUCAAUGGAUUGCCCUGCGGCAGAACCGCCCAUGUGUCGGCGGUGCCAAGGACAGCAAACGGCCGAAAGAUUGCGCCCGGCACUCAGACAUUGCCCAAUGACAUGAGCAAGCUACCACCGAACACACAGUGUCGCAGCUUCUCGUUGACAGGACCCACAGCGGCACAGCUGAGUCAAUCGAUACGCGAACGAUUGGCCACAGGAUCGCAUAGUUUGCCCAAACCAGGCAGCGAUAUGCAUGUCUUUCAGCAUAGAAUGUCCAAUCGCCCUGGCACGCGUCACGAUGGCUCCCUCUCGGACACCCAGACCUAUGCAGAGGUCAAGCCCGAAUACAGUUCGUAUGCCAUGUGGCUGAAGCACAGCAAUACGGCUGGAUCACGGCUCUCGGAUGGCGAUGCCAUUGAGCAGCUGCAGAUUGGUUCGCCAGCGAUGACACGUCAUGGCCACAAAAUGAUCCACAAUCGAUCGGGCGGAGUACCGCCAGGUGGGCAAAUGCAGCCCAUGCAGGGCAACGAGUCGCCCUAUGUGCAGAGUCCACGCAUGAACCGCAGCAAUAGCAUCAGAUCCACAAAAUCGGAGAAAAUGUAUCCCUCGAUGCUGAGCCGCGGCGGGGAUGUGGAAAUCGAGCCAUACUAUUGCCUGCCCGUGGGCACCAACGGCGUGUUGAGCGCCCAAAUGGCAGCUGCUGUGGCGGCCCAAGCACAGGCCCAGGCACAGGCCGCGCAGGCAAAUUCCGGCAACAAUAUGGUAGGUGGUUCCGUGGCCUGGAGCCAACCCACCUCGCCCACGCCCCUCAAUCGUGGUCCCUUUGCGGCAUCAGUGGCAGCAGCUGCUGCAGGGGUUCUAUCACCCACUCAUGGAGCGACCGCAGGAGCCACUGGAAUGGUUGGUGGUGGCAUGGGUAUGGGACCCGGUCCUGGAUCCGGUCUAACUGGCGGACAUCGCCUCACCUAUCCCAAGAAGAAUGAUGAAGUGCACGGCAGUGCCGCAUCCCUGCUGUCGGGCGGCAGUUCCCUUUACGGUUCCGCGGAGGAGCGGCAGGCCCACGAGAUACGAAGAUUGAAGCGCGAACUGCAGGAUGCACGGGACCAGGUGCACAGCCUAAGCAGCCAGCUGUCAACCAAUGCCCAUGUGGUGACGGCGUUUGAGCAGUCGCUGACCAACAUGACCAAUCGCCUGCAGCAGCUGACGGCCACGUCGGAGCGCAAGGAUGGAGAGCUAACGGACAUGCGGCAGACCAUUGAGCUGCUGAGGAAGCAGUCCAUCCAGGCGGGUCUCACCACAGCGCAUAUGCAGAGCAUGGGACAGAAUCAGCAUCAGCUGCAGUCACAGUCGCAGUCGCAGGCCGGCGACCAGAAGCCACCGCCAGGACCCGGUGGCAGUAGAUCCACCAGCAAUGGCAAUGGUUUGGGAUUGGGAAUGGGAAUGGUGCGGCAACAGAGCACCGACUCCAUGUGCUCGUUGAAUUCCAUAAGCUCGGGCUGCUCGUCGGCGCAGGACAAAAACAAGGCCAACAAGAAGAAGGGAUGGCUGCGCAGCAGCUUCACCAAGGCCUUCUCGCGCAAUGCCAAGAUCUCGAAGACUAGUCGCCAUGUGGGACACCACCACCACCAGCACCAGCACCAGCACCACAAUCAUCAGGAGCACAGCAGCUCCGGGAAGGCAACGCUCCACAAUGGUCAUGGCGGCGAGCCAUUGGGUCUCGCAUCGUUGGCCACUCAACCGGCGCCGCCGUUGCCCAACAACAACAGCAAGCAGAGCAGUCCCGCCAAGACGCUCACGCUGAUCGACAAUGCCAAGCCCAUCGAUGCCAUCGACCAGGACCAGGAUCAGCAGGUGGUGGAGGACCUCAAGAAGCAGCUGCGCGAGAAGGAUCUCGUGCUCACCGACAUACGGCUGGAGGCUCUCAGCUCCGCCUCGCAGCUGGAGAGUCUCAAGGACAUGAUGAACAAGAUGCGCUCCGAAAUGAUGUCCCUCAAGCAGAACAACGAGCGUCUGCAGAAGAUGGUGACCACCCGCUCCUUGGCCGGCUCCGAGGUGAGCCUCGGACAGGCGAUCAGCCCCAAUGGAUCGGUGGCCGGCAUCUCUGAGGUCUCGCGCCGCUACUCGCUGGCCGAUGGCAGUGCGCGACCGCCCAUGGAGCUGCCGGGACGGCUCAGCGAGGAGUUGGAGGAGGAGUGCAUGCCACCAGCACCGGCGCCAGAGCCGCCGCCACCGCCGGCACCCAACACCGCCGCUGUGGCGCCGCUCAGUCCCAGCACACACAUCGAUCUGACGCCUCCGCCACCGGCCUUGGAAGCGGCACCGCUGGCCAGUCCCGUGCACAUGCCCAGCGCCGUCGAGGAGCUGCCCGAUGUGUGCGACGGCAAGAAGAUUGCCAUCGCCUGCUACCUCGGACAGCCGGAGUCGUUUGCCAAGUACUGCGAGGAGCUGCUGGAGCUGGAUGGCUUCUAUGCCAACGGCUCGAUCAUCGCCAGUCACGAGGCCGAUGCCCAGUCGCAGAACGAGCGGCAGGGCGAGCGGAGCUUCGCAGCGGCCAGCUCCAACGAGUUCAUCAUCGCCUGCACCUACAUCUCGGGCAAGACGACCUGGCAGAAUCUCGACUACAUUGUGCGCAAGACCUUCAAGGACUAUGUGGCCCGCAUCGAUCCGGGCACCAAUCUGGGCCUGAACACCGACUCCAUCACGUCGUACCAUCUGGGCGAGGCGAAGCGCGGCCCGGAGAUGGGUUUCCCCGAGCUUCUGCCCUGCGGCUACAUUGUGGGCAGUGUCCGGACGCUGUACAUCUGCCUGCAGGGCGUUGGGAGUCUGGCCUUUGACAGCCUCAUUCCGCGCAGCAUUGUGCACCGCUACAUCAGUCUGCUCACGGAGCACAGGCGACUCAUUCUGUGCGGUCCCAGCGGCACUGGCAAGUCCUAUUUGGCGCGCCGCUUGGCCGAGUUUCUGGUGGCGCGUGCGGGCCGGGGAAAUCCAUCAGAGGCCAUUGCCACGUUCAACGUGGACCACAAAUCCUCGAAGGAUCUGCGUCAGUAUCUGGGCCACAUUGCCGAGCAGGCGGCCAUUGCGAAUGGCGCUUCGGAGUUGCCUUCUGUGAUCAUUCUGGACAACUUGCACCAUGCCUCCGCCCUGGGCGAUGUCUUCUCCUGCCUGCUGAGCGCCGGACCGGCCAAUAAGUUGCCCUGCAUCAUUGGCACCAUGUCGCAGGCCACCUGCAACACGACCAAUCUGCAGCUGCACCACAACUUCCGAUGGGUCCUCACGGCUAAUCACAUGGAACCCGUCAAGGGCUUCCUUGGACGCUUCCUGCGACGGCGCCUAUUCCAGCUGGAGCUGCAGACGCAGCAUCCACAGCCAGAGCUGGCAUCGGUGCUGGCCUGGCUGCCCUCUGUGUGGCAGCACAUCAAUCGGUUCCUGGAAGUGCACAGCUCCAGUGACGUGACCAUUGGGCCUCGUCUAUUCCUCUCCUGCCCGCUGGACCUGAAGGACUCGCAGGUGUGGUUCACCGACAUUUGGAACUACCAUCUGUCGCCCUACCUGGUCGAGGCGGUGCGCGAGGGAGUGCAGCUCUAUGGACGACGGGGCGGCGCCUGGAACGAUCCCUCUGCCUUCAUCCGCAACUCUUAUCCCUGGCCCUAUGGGCCCGACUCAGUGCCACCGCUGCGACAGAUCAAUGCCGAGGAUGUGGGCCUAGAAGGCGUGGCAUUGACAAACGGCGAGAACCAGGAUCCUUUGCUCAAUAUGCUGAUGCGCCUGCAGGAGGCCGCCAACUACUCGGAGGCGCAGGAUCAGGAGUCGGACUGCGCCAGUCUGGACUCCAAUGUGACGCCGGACAGCUCUGCGGGCGCCGAGUAAACGUCUCCCCACUUCGUACAUGCCAAAUUGAACCGAAAAUUGCCGAACCCCCGAACACGUUAGCUGUGGGCCCGCUGCUAUUACCCCGUAAUCCGCACAAAUGAGAUUUCUUGCACUACUUUCGCAGCCGAGUUCUUAAGCAGUUCCAAGAGGUUUCCAUUUGCACCAACUCUCUAGCCUAUAACUUCUCCUAGCUGUCCAUCUGUCCAUCCAUUCCCACAUCUAGAGUUAAUUGUACUUUUUAGCGCACUUGUUAAAAAUGCAAAUUGUCCACCUCCAAUCCUCACCAGGACCACAUUUAGAAUCACACAUUCAACUCUAGUUAUUUGGCCCCCAGCUGCGCUUCGAUGUUCGAACCAACAACCCAAAAUGAGAGAACAGAACUCCAACUAACAUGAAAUGUUAGACAAUUGAGAAAAUACAUCCUUUUUGUACAUAGAAAAACCAAAAUCCCCUAGUCUUAAGCGACACAACUGUACGGCGGUAUUGGCUUUUUAUACCCUAAUUCCCAAGCCCAAUCGCAAGCCCCGGCACCUCCCCCGGCCCCGGCAGAUCGUAUGAGAAUAAUCGUAAACGUAAACUAAUAUCUAAACCUAUUGUAAAAUGUAGCUAUAAGUUUUUGCUACUACCAAUUUACAAGAUGUGUGUGUAUAUUUGAAGGAAAAAGCUUUCACUUUAGUUUAAUUAUUUGCGUAAUUAUCAUUAAAUAUUGUUACAAACAUAUUGCAUAUUUAUAAAAAGAAAUCCCUCGCCCCCCCGAUCCCCCAAUCCCCUGCCCCAAUGCAGCAGCAGCAAGUACCAUUUAAAUAUUUAUUAUGCCAAGAGCCCCCGCUUCAAAACAAGAAA